UUGUUGUAUCAAAUGCUUGUGAUAAAUCAAGAGAAAAAAAAUCUUUUUCAUUAGAGUCACCACCCAUAACAUAUAAAUUAUUGUUAACCACAAUGGUGGCAUGUACAUAUCUUGGGUCGGAUGGAGUUGAAUUUACCA